AUGGCACAUACAGUAUCUAUUCGCCCAGUGCCCGAGUUUAACACCGACGCUACACGUUGGAAAACUGUAGCGUCGCUACACGUUGGAAAAACUGGGUCGCACACUUUAACAUGUUUCUCCUGGCUAGUGGCGUUACGGAUGAACGUUGGAGAAGGGGACAAGAGGUGUCUCUUUAUUUUUAAAGAAAGUCUCAACGCACGCGUAUUUGAUCACAUCAGUGAUCGAAUAAUUACGACGUCUUUCAAGCUUGCGAACACAAAGGUCGUUGUUGUGGCAGUCUACUUUCCUUCAACAAACCGAAGCUUCAAUGAAUACAUGAAAACAUUAGAAACUUUAGAACAAAUCUGUCUGCAAUAUAAAAACAAUAAAACAAAUUUGAUUUUGCUUGGAGAUUUUAAUGCACAUAUCGAAGAAAAUAAAGUAGGCCAAAAAUGGAAUAAACGAGGCACGAAAUUGCAAUCGAUGUUUAAUAAACUUAAGUUGGUUCCUGUGAACUUAUAUCCACCCUGUGACUCCCAACAACUCACGUAUUUGUCACGCACAGAAAAUUCCAUCAUUGAUUAUAUAAUCUUAGACAAGAACCUGGUGCAAUACAUGGAGUCUGUGCAAGUACUCAAUGAACAUCCAGAUAAU